AAUAAAACCAACAUAUAUUUGUAACUUAAACAAUGCUAUGUUGGACUACUUUAUGAUUAUUUUCACUUUCUGAGGUUAGGCACGAUGUAUAAAACUGCAUUCAACUUUAUUUGCAAUGUACUGUAGUUGGCUAGGAGAAGUAGAAACGCAUUCUGUGUAUUUAGAAAUCGUAUAUUUAUUCUGUCCGUUUGAUCUGCUAUAAAAUCAUUUGAAGCAAAAAGAUAGACUUGAGGAAAUUAAAGGUAAGCCCAGAAACCAAUUUCUUAAAAUAACAACAGUCAAAAAAGCUAAUAAAUUGUUUAAUAAAGCAUACGUGGGAGGAAAGGGGGAUAAACUUAUAUUUCGUUGUCAUCUCUCUGUUCUGGGCGAAAUGGGUGCUCUGUGGAGCGCUCUCUGUGUGGCUGCUGACAUUACCGUAAUGAUAAUAAUACGCGCGCACCAAAAUAUAAAGCGCGGCUGGCUUGACUGUGUUUUUCCGAACCGCGGCUGGCUUGACCGCAGUGCUGGAGUGGAGCUGAAGCGGGGCCGGUGUGGAGCUCUCCGCGGUGCUGAAACCGGUCCCACAGCGACGUUCAUCGACGUGAAUGCAAGACCGACGGAGGACAUUCACAUCCAGCCUGCGAGGACAGCAUGAGGAGGGUUUUCAUGCCCACACCGCUGCUCUUACUGAGCUGUUUCGGAGCGUCGUGGGUCUUGGCUGACAGUUUGGCAGCUCCAGUGAAUGUGUCCAUCAGGGAUCUGAAGAGCAGCUCAGCCGUGGUGACAUGGGACACGCCAGACGGAGAGCCAGUCAUCGGCUUCGCCAUCACACAACAGAAGAAAGAUGUCCGCAUGCUGCGCUUUAUUCAAGAAGUGAACACCACUACGCGGAGCUGUGCAUUGUGGGAUCUGGAAGCUGAUACGGAUUACAUUGUGCACGUUCAGUCUAUCAGCAUCAGCGGGGCAAGUCCUGUUAGUGAAGCUGUGCACUUCAAGACCCCGACAGAAGUUGAAACACAGGCCUCCAAGAACAAAGACGAGGUGACGAUGGAGGAGGUCGGGCCGAACGCUCAGCUCAGGGCCGGAGAGUUCAUCAUCAUCGUGGUGGUCCUCAUUAUGUGGGCAGGUGUGAUCGCACUAUUCUGCCGUCAGUAUGACAUCAUUAAAGACAACGAACCAAACAAUAACAAGGAUAAAGCCAAGAACUCGUCUGAAUGCAGCACUCCAGAGCACACGUCAGGUGGCCUGCUGCGCAGUAAGGUAUAACCAGCAGUCCAGACCACACUAUACACAGACCUCCAACAUCAACAACAACAACAACCGAUCGCCAUCUGUCAACAUUAUCAAAGUGUGAAUCUGCAUUUACCACACCGGCCGAAUGUGCAAAAACAAGCAGAAAGCAGGAAUUCUGGACAUUUCCUGAAGAAAGCUGGAAUAAUCCUGCGAGAGUCUGAAACCGGCUCUGGGGGUCUGAAGAUAAGAGGAAAUCUGUGAAGAAAUGCACGGAGUGUGGGGAAAAAAAGGACCCUUUUUAUGGCUUUACAAAGAAGUGGUGUCGGCAAGAAGAUCCGCAUUUAAAAGCCUGUCUUUUACACUUGAAAACUCUUGAGCUUUGCUCCUUUAUCUGGUUUAAUCUUUUACGCUGUUUGCAAUGGCAUGAUGCACAUUCUCAAUGACGGUUUUUAUAGUCAAGUAAAUCUGCAGCGAUUUACUGAAGGAAUUAACCUAUUAGUUUUUAUAAAUUUAAGUAGAUUGAACUUAAAACAAUUAAGUUG